AUGAUAAAGCCAAGCUAUCCAAAAUUGAUUUCCAAAAAAUCAACGAAUUCUACUCCAGUAAAACCUUCAACAGCUGGGUCAAUCAAUAGAAGAAAAUCCUUAUCUCAUGACUAUGAUUACAAAUCUGAAUACAGCUACAAUUUAAAUGAAGUAUUUGAAAUCACACAAACUCCUGAUGCAAGACCAUUUUCUGUGAAUGUAAUUAAAUACAAAAGAAAUUCUAAUGCCUUCUGUGAUAAUGAGCUCGAUCACUAUGAUAAAGAUCUAGACGAAUUUGAAAUAGGGCUUGAAAAUACUUAUCAGAGCAGCUUUUUAAAAAUUAAUGGAGAAUGAGAAAAAUAUCAAAAAUAUUUAGAAAAUAUUUCAAUAUGUGCUAUACAAAAGGACAGCAAAUUAGGAAAUUGUAUUAUUCGUGGAAUCAUAGGAUUAACAAAAACAUUUAAAAAAUUAUCAAAAAAUAUAAAUGAGGGUCCACUAGAAGCCAAAUCAACAAAUUAUAAAGAAAAAUCUUCUCAGACAGAAAAAGAAAAAGUGCCUGAGCCUAGAUUUUGCUCUUCUCCUGAGUUAGAAUCGUUAAAAGAGCUACAAUCAAAACUGAAAAAUAUAAGAUUUUCUAGGAUAACAGGCCAACUUUGUGAUCUUUAUGAUUCUCUUUGCCAAAUGCAUACAGAUAUUCCUAGUCCUACAGAUACUCCAGAUCUUAUUAAAUUCGAUAGUGAGGAAGCAGCAAAAGAAUUGGAAAAAGAUGUAGAGGAACUGAGAAAUGAGUUGACAAUUAAACUAGUUAAAAAGAAAGUUAUCAAAAAAACAUUAGAUAAAGAAUGCCAAGUAGAAAGAAUCCAAAAAAAUACUCAUAGAGAGGAAUUGCUGGAAAAUAUCUUAGGAGAAAAAGAACUUGAUCUCUUUAAAUUAAAACAUAAGUGUGAAGAGCUUUUAGAAGAGAGAAAGAAAUGGCAAGAUAAAUUAGAAGAGCAUAAGAAUAAAUCAAAUGAAGAUGAAAACGCAAGCCAAAACGAGCAAGAAAUAGAAAAAUUAAAAGAAAAAAUUCAUGAGCUCGAGUAUGAGCUCAGAGGGCAAAACAUUAAUGUGGAUAUUUUGAAAGAAAAAUACGAAAGAGCCAGAAGUAACUUUGAAAGAAUUAAGAAAGAAAAUGGGAAGUUAAAGGAAAAAUUAAUAGGAAAAAGAAGGAAAUUGCAAGAAAUUAGAGAAAACUUGUUUCAAACAAACGUGCUGUGGAGAAUAGCAGAAGAAAAGACUAAGCAAAUAGAAUACGCUUGGAAAGUUAAAUAUGGGAGUGAUUUUGUUUAUGGAGAAAUAGAUACUAAUGAAAUUAUUAAAAGAUAUAAUUUGACAAAAGAUCAAGAAAGUGAUAGCGAAAUAAAAGAAGAAAUAGGAUUUGAAGGAGCACUGGUCGGCUAUGAUGGAAAGGAAAUCAUAAUGAGCUUUAAAGAUAAGGAUAGUGGAAAAGCAACUAUUCAGAAUUAUUCGAAUAAUCUUCCUGACAAAGAAUAUUAUACAGAAAAUGCUGGUAUAGUUUUGCAAAAUAAUAAAGAGAAAAUAAUUAUCCCACCUAAUAAAACUGAAAAUGAGUAUGAAUUAAAGGACUCAAAAGUAGCUAAAGAAGAAUUUUCUAACAGUCAAAAGCAAAACAUUAACAGAAUAAGCCAAGCCAAAAAUAUAUCAGAGAUUUAUUCAAAAAAUAAUUGAUUCCAAGCAAGUGGUAACACAAAAGACGAAAAAGCACAAUAUAAUUAUGGUGAUACAAAUAAUAGUUUUACAAAUAGUCUGCAUACAGCUAAAAUUGAUGAAUUAGCUGAACUAGCCAAAAUCGCUGCAAAAAAGCUUAUAUUGACUCUUAAUCAAGAUCAAACAAAGCUCUUUGAGGACUAUAAACAAAUAAUGGAAAUGCGAUUAUCUGAAUACCAAAAAAUCUCAAAAGCCAGGCCAAGCCACAAUAAAUCAGCAUCAAGUGGUCCGCCAAAAUUAAGCCAUCGAAGUUUUCAAUACUCACGCUUACAAAAGAAAAAUAAAAAGCCUAGGCCAUCUCCUAUAGGAGACUCAAUGUUUUCUUCUAUGGGGACAUCUUUAAUCCACACCUCAAAAGUUGCAGAAAAUGCAAAGACAUUUUUCUACACAGAGAACUUAAAGACAGAAGGAAAUGAAGAAAUUCCGUCAUUAUUGAUUUCUUUAUUUAAAGGAGAUGAGGAUUAUUGGUCAUUGUCCCCAACCACAAGAAGGCUUUUAGGAAGAUGCAUGGAGGGGCACGAUUCUCAAUUUUGUGGAGAAGACUGUGAACACUUGAAAAGGGCGAUGAAAAUAAAAACAAAAUAUCAAGGGGUUCUUUACCCAAUAAAGAAAAAAAAUGUAGAUACUAAGCUCAAAAAUAUUUUAAUUUAUAAGAAAAAAUAA